CGGCUUACGGUGAUUCAGGACAUUCGCCUUAGACUCGUUGGGGUGGCGAAAACCCUAUGGCCAGAAGGAAUCGGCGCUGAUGGAAACCAAACAUACGACAAAAAACGGUUCAUAAAUCAGUGCAUUAAUAUUGACCUUGGCAAUGGCAAUGACUCUGAUAGACUAUACAACAUAUACAGCGGCUACAAUCGAUUUCCCUUUGAAAUGUUCAUUCCUAACGAUGUUCCAGAAUCCAUAGAAUGUGAACUCGGAUACGUCGAGUACCGACUGAUAGCAUCAAUGCGUCGACCUCGGCGAUUUCCAUUAUCAAGCGAAAUCGUUGCCGAAGUCCCAAUACAACUUAUCCGAUUGCCUGUGGACGUGUCAGUCUCUGGAGAAUGCCCAGCUGAAUCUAUUUCAAUUUCAAGGGGUCUUCCAGAAUUUGGAGAGUACAGUAUCACCAUUGAGAAACACAUUGUCAGUCCAGGCACCACCUUACCUGUGUCAUUGCGCUUUUCAUCGUUGGUUCCCAAAGCUCGGAUAGAAGGCGUCACUGUCAAGAUACAUGAGAGAUGCACGAUAAGGGCACCAGAAAAGGGCGUAACUCGUAUCAUCAAUCACAAGAUUACAUUGCGAAGAACAGAUCAAGUUUCACCUAAUCUAGGCAUCAACAUGGAUGAUCUUCGCGGAGCACCCUGGGAGGACCGAAUAUUUUAUGAAGUACCUGAUGAUCGCAAAAUACCACUUCAUCCUUCAACAUCCUACAGAGAUAUCAAUAUAAAACAUUGGAUACAAGUACUGAUCAAAGUAUCCAUACCGAACCCAAAUGAAGCCGAAGUAGCAUCUCGACCGCUUUUAGUUAAAGAAGUUAUGCUGGAUUCAAAAAUGUGGGUGUUACGAGCAGGGGCUACUAGUGAGGAUUUUGUCACCUUACCGCAAUAUUCAGAAAAGAUUCAAGGGGAUGACUUGUGUCUUGUGUGGGGCGAUUUGCCAGAUUAUUCUCAAACUGUCAUGCCGAACCAGUCACCGACCAACAGCAUCCAUUCCUUUCUGGAUUUUGCGAAGCCCACACAUAUUGGGAAACGAAUAACGUCCAUCAUCAGACGAUGUAAAUCGCACGAACAACUUUCAGAUUCAGCAAAGGAGAUACCUGAAACGACCAAGAAUGCAAGGUUUAGGCUAUCCUGCGUACUACCCAAUUUUAACCACCCACCGGAACCAAGGCAAUCAACCAGUAGCGAUAGUCCAAGGCUGAGUGAAUCACUCUUAUGCCGUCUACAAUCCGCAGACUUAUUAUAGAGUCGCCCCAACCUUAUAAUUAUUAACCAGCGCACGCAACGUCAACAAAUACUUUGCUUUGGAGACCUGGUAUACGU